AUGCGUAAAUUUUAUCCCGAUUGGUUCAAGGGUUCAUAUUCCAAGUGGUUAGAGUACAGUGUAUCAAAAGAUGCUGCAUAUUGUUUGUGUUGCUACUUGUUUAAAAAUGAGCAUGAAGUUCAUGGAAAUAUGACGGAUAUUGCUUUUACGCAAAAUGGCUUUAAGGAUUGGAACAAGGCUUUGGAGAGAUUCGGAACUCAUAUUAGAGAGGUUAAUAGCAUCCACAACAAGUGUUUCAACAUGAUGAUUGACUUGAUGAGUCAAUCACAAUCUAUUCGCAUAUCUUUUGACAAGCAUUCCGAGAAAGAAAAAAAUAAAUCUCAGUGUCGCUUGAGUGCUUCAAUCGAUGUAGCAAGGUUUCUUUUGAGAUUGGGAUUGUCAUUUUGUGAUCACGAUGAGAGUGUAUCAUCUACAAAUAAAGGUUAUGAAGGUGCAAGUAACAUGCAAGGAGAACUAAAUGGUCUUAAGAGUUUAAUUUUCCGUGAUACUCCAUCUGCUUAUUCUACUCAUUAUUUUGCUCACCAGUUGCAGCUGACACUCGUAGCUCUUGUGAAGAAAAAUUCAGAUGGUGAUGAUUUUUUUUGUUUAGUUACUAAUGUGUUGAAUAUUGUUGGAGUAACUUAUAAGCGCAGGAAUUUUCUCAGACAAGAUCAAGCUUUAAAGUUAGAGGAGUUGAUCAUUUUUGGUGAAGUGUACACGAGACGGGGACUAAAUCAAGAACGUGGACUUCAACGGCAAUGUGACACUCGUUGGGAUUCUCACUGUAAGAAAUUAGAGAACAUCAUUGACAUAUUUUCAUCAAUUCUUUAUGUGCUUGGAUUUGCUGCACUUGAGUGUCCAAGUUAUCUUGACAGACUUAUAGUUAAAACUCUUGAGAAUACGAUUAAAGGAUUUGAUUUCACCUUUAUGCUAUACUUAAUUUUGAAAGUUCUAAUGAUAACAAAUCAUUUGAACUCCUCAUUACAAAAUAUGGAUCAAGAUAUUGUCAAUGCUCUGAAACUGCUCAAUACUACAAAGUAA